AUGGCGCGUGUUCCCCUGAUUGGGAGACUCUUUUGGUUCGAAUACCUAGCGCUUUUCGCGUCCUUGAUACUUGUUCUACUCGAAUCCAUUAUUCAUGUAAUUACUUUUUGCCUUCCGACGCCGAUUAUCAGUUUCUGCUACGAACAGUCAAAGUCGAUCUUCAACAAAUUCAUCUCCACGGAGCCGCGCGAAAAACGAACAAAGGAGGAAAUCCUUGCGGCCUCGAUUGCAGAGGCCUCGGAUUUUACUGAGAUGUGCUCCCUUUUCGGAUAUGAAGCUGAGGAGCAUAUUGUCCAAACAGGCGAUGGUUAUCUUCUCGGACUACACCGAUUGGCCUAUCGGAAGGGCGAGGAGAGCAUACGGGUCAAUCAAGGUGCUGGUGGGCUCAGCAAGAAAGUCGUCUACCUCCAUCACGGUCUUCUCAUGUGCAGCGAGGUGUGGGUUGCCUUGACCGAUGAGCAGCGGUGUCUGCCAUUCCAGUUGGUCGAGAAGGGCUAUGAUGUGUGGCUUGGGAACAACCGCGGGAACAAAUAUGCAAAGAAAUGUAUACGGUUCUCACCUGGAUCAAACGAGUUCUGGGACUUUUCGAUUGAUCAGUUCGCCUUCCACGAUAUUCCUGACAGCAUCGAGUAUAUCCUCGGAGUCACCUGCCAGCCGUCGUUGUCUUAUAUCGGGUUCUCGCAAGGCACAGCACAAGCUUUUGCUACGCUAGCAAUUCAUCCCCUGCUGAACCAAAAGGUCGAUGUUUUCGUGGCGCUGGCACCUGCGAUGGCUCCCUCCGGGCUACGAAACCGCAUCGUGGACUCUCUCAUGAAGGCAUCGCCCGACUUCUUAUUCCUACUGUUCGGCCGACGCAGUAUAUUAUCAUCAACAACAAUGUGGCAAACAAUCCUAUACCCACCGAUCUACGUCCGCAUCAUCGACAUGGCACUUUCAGCCCUCUUCAACUGGAAGUGCCGCAACAUCACCCGGACUCAGAAACUUGCCGCCUACCUCCACCUAUUCUCCUUCACCAGCACAAAGUCUGUCGUACAUUGGUUCCAAAUCAUCCGCAACAAGAACUUCCAAUUCUUCGACGAUGAAACUCACGCCCCAUUCAGCGUCGUCGCAAGUGAGCGCUUCUACAAACCUGUCAAAUAUCCGACCCGCAAUAUCAAGACUCCAAUCGUGCUCUUGUACGGCGGCAGUGACAGUCUCGUCGAUAUCAACGUCAUGCUCCAGGGUUUGCCGCGUGGUACAGUCGCCAAGGCAAUCCCUACGUAUGAGCACCUUGACUUCCUGUGGGCUUCGGAUGUGGAUCGCCAGGUAUUUGGUCAUGUUUUCGAUGCCCUCGAGACGUAUGGCCGAAAUGCAGUUGACCCUACCGAACCUGCACUGCUUGAUGCCCGUCAGGAUGGUAGGAUUCUCGUUGACGGACGUUCUUCCAAUACUUCGGCUCCACGCAUCCGUUUCAAGGAGACGAUGUCUGCUGGUGCUUCGUGA